UACACACUAUUUUGUCAGUUUAUUGUUAAAUACACGAGUUUGUAUUAGUUUACUCCAAAAUGGAAUCCACGACUCUGGAAAAAUUAGAAAAGGCCGCUCCUUACAACAUUCUCUGCAACAUCAUCCCGGAAUCGUCCGAAACGUCGCAGCAGCCCAACGCCAUCAACUUUCGAGACCUACUUUGUCCGAGUCUGGGCAAACUCAAGUCGUCCUUACAAAUAAACUUCAUCAUCGGAGUCGGGUGGUUAAUGCAGCAAUACGAAUCCCAAAAUCUAGCAACAAAACCGCUGACCCUUCUAUAUGGUAACCAACUAAGCGAAGAGAGCGAAAAAUACCUAGAAACUUUCCCCAACGUCAGUCACGAGUACGUGGAGAUCAAGGGCUGCCACCACACAAAAAUGGGAAUCUACGUGUAUGAGGAUAGUUCGCUUCGAGUGGUGGUGUCCACCGCAAAUCUGUACCAAAAAGAGUGGGAAUAUGCUAAUCAACAGUUAUGGGUGAGCCCUCUGUGUCCGUCGCUCCCGGAAACCGCCCCAGACACCUCUGGAGAGUCCGCAACCAACUUCAAAUCCGCUCUCCUAGAUUAUCUACAAUCCUACAAACUAGAUAUAGUCCAACCAUGGAUCUCCUACGUCACACGAGCCGACUUCAGCGACGUCAAAGUCUUCCUCGUUACGUCAAUUCCGGGUCAAUACACCCCCCCGUCCACCCGUUGCCACCUCCACCAUGUCGGGGAUUUACUCGCCCAACACUGUACUCUCCCCGACGGUGACGCCACCUCGUGGCCAAUCAUAGCCCAAAUGUCGAGUGUGGGUUUCUACGGUAAAUCCCCGGCCGAGUGGCUGCGCGGUACUUUCCUGCGAAACAUAGCCGCCCACGACCGCUCCAAACAGGUCUACCUCUCCAGCGCCCCCUUGAAGAUCGUCUACCCCUCUCGGCGGAACGUGCGCGACAGCUACCUUUCCAAAAACGGGGGGUUUUGUCUCAACUACGAUAUAGAAAUGAGCAACAAGCAGGACUGGCUACGAAACUACCUGCAUCACUGGAAGGCGGACGAACUCGGGCGGAGUCGGGUCAUGCCGCACGACAAAUUCUACUGUCGGAUUUCGCCGUGUUUGACUAAGUUGGCGUGGUUUUUGCUCAGUAGUGCCAAUAUGUCGAGGGGGGCUUGGGGGAGCAAGUAUUUGGACGGAAAUAGUAAUGUUUUUGUCAGGAAUUAUGAGGCGGGGGUUAUGUUUUUCCCCAAGUUUUUUGGCGAGGAGUAUUUCAAGAUUGGGGGGAAAGGUAGGGCGGGGUUUCCCAUGGUGUGCAAUUUGCCGCUCACCGAGUACGAAAAACGGGACCGUCCCUUUUGUGACAUGCAUUGAUAAGGGAAACGUGAUUUUUUGUGUUUUUGUUUGUGAUGAGGUGAAGUUUGAACACCCGAUUAUUUUUUAAUAAAGUUACAGUUUUUUUGA